UCAAUGUCUGGUUCCCUUUCAUUUUUUUCGCAGUUUUAUAGAUGUGUUGAUUUUUUUUCCCUCCAACUUGAAAUGUGAUUAUGCAGUGUGCACGGCUGCACGCCCGUUAGUAAAUAGUAAUUCAUAUCAAAAUUAUAAUUUUUCAAUUUUGCAUAAACAUUUUAAACAGAAGUACGAAUCUGAUUCAAAGUUAGUUAUCUUUCGAUGGCUGAAAUAUGAUAAAGAUAUAAAUUCCCCCCUCCCCCUCCUCCCCCAUAGUCCUUGUGUUCCCAUGUAAAUCCAGGGAUGAAUCUCAUUCCUCGCAGUAUCUCCGUGAAGUGAAGACUAAAAAUGGAUUCCAGAUCCGAAGAAAAUAUGUCGAGUUUGAACCUAGAUAGGAUUAUAAAUAUUCCCGACGACUACAAUGGUUACAAUGUNCGAGUAAAUAGUCUCAACAGCAAUACUUCAGAGGCUAGUGUUCAGGUGUCGGUUGACUUUAUUCGACUGAAAUCCUACGAGAACGACCAGUCAAGUGGAGAAAUAAAAAUCAUAGGCCUUGACAAUCUUGACUCAUUGGAAGGUAAGAAUGUGCUUAUAGUUGAAGAUAUUAUUGAUACUGGGAAGACGAUGAACAAACUGCUCAACACACUCAGUAAAUACAAGCCAAAAAGUGUAAAGGUAGCAUGUUUACUGAGGAAGCGAACCCCUCUGAGUAGUGGGUACGCCCCUGACUAUGUUGGGUUCGAAAUCCCAGACAAGUUUGUGGUCGGGUACGCCCUGGACUAUAAUGAAUACUUCAGGUAUGUUUUUAUUAUUUAAAAAAUAUGGAAAAAA